CCUCCCUUGAAGCAGCACCGUCUCUGAGCCAGACCCUGGACACCCCCACGCCGCCAUGUCGACCAUCAAUCCAGAAUAUGACUACUUGUUCAAACUCCUCCUGAUCGGGGACUCCGGGGUCGGCAAAUCCUGCCUCCUGCUGCGCUUCGCGGAUGACAAUUACACAGACAGCUACAUCAGUACCAUCGGGGUGGACUUCAAGAUCCGGACCAUCGAGCUGGAGGGGAAAACUAUCAAACUUCAGAUAUGGGACACGGCCGGCCAGGAGCGCUUCCGGACGAUCACAUCCAGUUACUACAGAGGACUCGUUCAGCAACAUGCACCUGUGGCUGGAGGAGAUCGGCCGCUACGCCAACGAAAAUGUCAACAAGCUGAUUGUGGGCAACAAGAACGACCUGACGUGCAAGAAGGUGGUGGAUUACAUCACGGCCAAGGAAUACGCGGACACGCUGGAGGUGCCGUUCCUGGAGACCAGCGCCAAGACCGCCACCAACGUGGAGCAGGCCUUCGUCACCAUGGCGGCCGAGAUCAAGAACCGGGUGGGCAGCGGCCUCCCCCACAGCGACAGCCACCAACCCAACCCCCACAUCCAGAGCGCCCCCCUGCGGCAGGGCCGGGCCGGCGCAGGGGAGGGCGGCGAUGGAGGUCCGGGCUGCUGUUAGGGAGGGGAUUUUCUCCACCCACUUACCCUUUGGUGGGGAGCUUCUCGGUGUCUGGGACUAUGGCUGGGGAUCAGGACGGCUGGGCAGGGGGACCCUUUGCAGCACCCUAUUUAUUUGCAAUAGAUUUUUACAGGCUGCGAUCCAGCUCCCUGCAUCCCUCUCCAACCGCAUGGGCGCACCUUCCCCCUUGGCUAGCCAAGAGACACUCAGGGCCAGCUACUGAUCUGGGCUCCUGGCGAGCUGAGGUACUCCAAGCUCCAUCCUCUCCUCCCUCGGCCAUUCUUGAUCCCCGCUGCAUGGCCAUACAGCCAGCCCUGCUCUGCACCCUUCAGGCCUGUGGAAGGGCAUCAGCUGCUCCGAACAGAGCCGGGCCUGGGAAGGAAUCCCCAAAUGCCGAAGGACGCGCAAUGCCUUCCUGUGUGGGGGUGGAAGGCGCCGUAGCCACAGACCGAGCAGCAAGGAACUGUGCCGUGGCACCCAGGACAAAAGCAGAACGUGCCAUAGCCUGUGUCCUCUCUUAACACAGCCUCGUGGGCGUCUGGCACCAAGUUAGCAUCUUUAUCGUGUCCAAAUGCUUGAAUUUCUCCCCCCUCGGCUCAAGACUGAAGAGUGGCUUGAACAUUCAAAGCUUGGCAGAAAGGCGACUCGAGCAGGGGCCUUGUUAAUCCAGAGUGAGAUCCCGUGGCUGGGCGGGGUCAGCUGGAAAAUAGGAUGCAGGUUUUUAACACCAUGGGCGGUGAGCCAGCGGAGGAGCUCUCUCAGCACCGGGCUGGAGUCUUCAUCACUCUGGCGUCUCAGCGAGAUUGCAUGUCCCGUUCUAGAGCCGAGCGAGCUCCCCCACCAGCUAGGGGCUGAAUGCUGGAAUUCUGGUGUGUGAGGCACCAGCCUGGCUUAUGGGGAGGUUUUUGACUAGAAAGAUUCGAAGGAGGGUCAAAUUUCAAUCCUGCCUCCCUGGCAGAAUUCCCCCCACACCUUCCCCGGUUUGCAAACCGCCCCACACACACACACCUUUGCUCACAACUGAUGUUUUCAAAAGCUGCCUCCAGCCCAAGGUGGGGAGAGUUUGGCAAAAUCCCUCCCCACUGAGCAGGGCCACAGGGGAUGAGGACCUUGCUGCAUUGAUGGGCUCCAGCCUGUUCCGAGUGGGACGGUCCCU